UCCUCACUCAGACAAACAUAUCGAUGAGAGGCUAUUUAUCUUGUUAACAAGAUAUGGCGUUCCAUUCUCCCUUUUAUAUAUUUUAUUUGGCUUUCCGGAUUAAUGAAAUGAGGUUUUGGGCUCAUUAUCUUUUUGUUCUCGGGAUUCUUCAAACAUCAAACAGUCUGAUUGUAUUGAAAAGUUUCGAUGCUUCAGUUAGUUUUAUGGAAGGCAGGACAGCUUAUCUAAAUUGGAACGCUAAUUUCUCCGAAGUCGGCGAGACGUGGUUCAGCGUCAAGAUCGAGAGAGCGAAAGAAACCACUGUGAAUUCGCCGAAAGAAGUUGUUGUUAAAAAGUUUGUCCAAUCUGGCACCGUGAAAGAAACGCUAUACCUUACGUCUAGAGCUGCAGACAUUGCUCUAAAUAUCAGUUCAAUGUCAAGUAAUGUAAACAUUACAUUUCUACUGAGAAACGUGAACCCCACUACCGAUGAUAUGUACUACAUCUGUACCGUUUCAUCUAAUACUGGAAAUACCGAAUUAAAUUCUGUUUGGCUACUCAUUUUAGUUCCUUCGUCGUGUAAAAUACAUCCUGAUAAAAAUAUAACAAUUAACGAAACAGACAACGUGUUGCUAAACGUCAUCACCACAGGAAACCCACCUGUUUAUGAGUACAUCUGGACUCAUCCUAAUGGAAGUAGUCUGACCGCCAAUAGCACACUGACAUUUACUGCCUCAAGACAAGAUAAUGGAACAUACAAGGUGUCUGUGUAUAAUGGUGUUGGUGAUAGGAGUAUUUGCAAACGCCACAUCACUGUACAAUUUCCUUCAUCGUGUACCAUACAUCCUGAUGCAACAACAGUUAAGGAAACAGACAAUGUGUUACUAAACGUCACCACCACAGGAUACCCACCUGUUUAUGAGUACAUCUGGACUCAUCCUAAUGGAAGUAGACUGACUGCCAAUAGCAGACUGACAUUUACUGCCUCAAGACAAGAUACUGGGACAUACAAGGUGUCUGUGUAUAAUGGUUUUGGUGAUCGGAGUAUUUGCACAAGUAACGUGACUGUACAAUAUCCUCCGGUGGCUGUGACUUCGAAGUUAGUCAUAAUUGAAAACUACCAAAACGGAUCAAUAAAUUGCUCUGCUCCAGGCGAGCCUGAACCGACCUUUUCUUGGACGUCCACCACAAACAGAACACCGCUGACCAAAGACAAUGGAAGAACAGUGGUGUUGAUUAACGCAACACUAGAAGAUACAGGAAACUAUACCUGUACUGCUAAAAAUAGUUUGGGUGAUUCCAGCAGGACCUCGAGUGUAAUAGUUGCAUAUCCUGUUGGUUGUACCAUAUCUCCAGAUUUGCCAAAUGUUAUCGUCAAUGAAAGUGGGUCAGUAACUUUGACAUGCUUUGGAAAAGGACAACCGCCAGUGAAUGAGUUUUCUUGGACCUAUCCUAAUGGCACUACACAUCCUGGUACUUCAGUCCUUCAGUACAGGGCUUCCAGGACGGACAAAAAAAUUUACCACUGUUUGGUUCGAAAUAGCUUAGGACGUUCUGGAAAUUGUACACGCAAGGUCACCGUGCAUUACCUACGCAGCCUUAGAAGACUUUCAACCACCAGGUGGUCGUGGUGGCAUUGUCCUUGAACCACUUCCAAAGGGUCAGCAUACCAAAAUGCCUGAAAAGUACGAGGAUACUAUCUACGCGAAGAUUGUUGGGACCAAGAAACCGGCUAGUGGCAAUCAGAAUGCUGCUGGUGCUAGUAAUAAUAUCCCUUUGGCUGAUAUGCAUGUUCAAGGUACUGAGACAGAGUCGGAGCCUUCAGACCAGACUGCAGACCCAGCAAAGCAAAAUGACCAUAAUAGACCAGCCACCAAUAAAAAAGAAAAGCCACCGGACAAUCAAGGGCAGCCUCCGACCAAAGAGGAUUCUGGUAAGGAGGAAUCAGACUCAGCGAAAAGUUCAGUUACCAAAUUGUGAGUUUUCGUAAAACUCGAAAGUAAUAAGGUUGAUUUGCGGCUCACUUUUCCUCUUCUUUAUGUUUGUCUCAUAAGCAUCUUUUUCGUGUUGCGUUAUCUGGAAUUUCUUCAAACUUGUUUCAAAAGUUUUAUUGGCGAAAUGUUGCUUCAUUAACUAGAUUUCUUGGUUCUUUUUCAACGUUCMUUGCGUUGCUAUUUUCGUUGUUGUUGUUAAUGUUGUUGUAUUUGACACUGUUAAUGUUUAUUUACUGAGAUUCUCAGUYGCACGCGACCAACUCGACCUUCAUCACAAACGAAAAUUGAGUUUUGGUGGACGUCAUUCAAAAGGUCUUUUUUUAUGUCACAGGAUUCCGGCUCCGAAUUUCAAGCACUUGACUGCAAAACUAUCGUUAUUGACUUACCUGAUCUUUAACACCCCCAGAUCAUAGUCAAUAGCGAUAGCUUUGCAGUCAAGCGUUUGAAAUUCGAAGCCGGAAUCAUGUGACAUUUUUGAGAAAGUGUAUGCCRAGCGAGAAAUUCACAGCGACAAGUAGCAUGAGAUAAGGGCAACUGUUGUUUGCACGUGUUCACGUGAGUAUUCGCGUCGUUCCUGCUGUA